CUUCAGUCCACACCAAGUCCCAUUAUAACCAUCAACAGUGAAGAGGCCGACGGUGUUGUAUAAUUCCGCGCAUUUGAUUCUUCAUCAUCCCUCCCAGAGAAUUUGAUAGCAUUCAAGUGAUCACUGGCUCUAACACAGCAUCUGUUAUCUUGUGAAGUCACAGGAAUAGCCUAGCCCACCAUGGCGAUGCGAAGCUCGCACCGCUUGUCCCUGCAAGUUACAAAGCCCUUUACUAUCAGCAGUCAGCUUUUGCGAAACUUCCAUAAAGACACGCGUGGCGCUUCUGCGCCAUCCCCGACACCUUUUGUUCCCGAUGUCCAGACUUUUCUUUCUCUAAUUGGUCGUGGAAUGUCCAAGUAUGCGAGCAAACUGCCUUCAUGGGAAAGUCUUUUCAACCUGAGUUCCCCAGAACUUCGGGAACUGGGAAUUGAGCCCGCGCGCCAGCGGCGAUAUCUCCUGCGCAAAAGAGAGAAGUUCAGGAGUGGGUUAUAUGGACCUGGUGGGGAUCUGGAAACCGUGGUCGACGGCGUUGCGCAGCUCCGAGUUGUUGAGGUUCCGUUUGAGCUCAAGCAUUCAAAAUCGGAAAAGGAUGCACCACGCCCAUUGACUGCUUCGGCCACUUUGUCGCCGGGAAUGAGAAGAGUUGUCGUCAACGUCCUACCAGAUGCAACCGAUUUUACCUACGAUCCUUCGAAGCCACUCAAAAAGUUCGCACACAUGAAAAUCAACCACGGAUCAUUUAUUCAGGGUCCCUUCCUUCAGCCGAUUAAAGGCUCAAAUGGUCGUGCGGCCUUAAUCAAGGUCCAAGAGGGCAUGUGGGAAGACAAGCUAGGUCACAAAGUGGAUGGUGGUGAGAGGAGGCGCGCUGAAGUCCGGGCCAAGAAAAGGAGCGAGGAGAGAAAGAAAGAGAUUUGACGGAAGGGCAAAGCAAGAUGGAGUACAUGCCGACCUGCUUGUUUGCUCUUUUUGGAUCUUGAAGCGGAUAGCAUAUAUUCUCACAUGUACUAUAUUUGCGUCACAAACAAUUCUAGUUGGGUCAUAUUCGAGAUCGGGAAUAAACUUAAAAACAAUAUGACAACUGGAGAGCCCGAGACAGAUGAGGAUCAUGUCCUUGCUAGGUUGCAAAU